UUACAAUAACAUUCAAUUAAAAAAGCAGCAUUGUAGCGAGAUAAUGACUAUUCCAAUAUACAUGCUUAUUUCAAAUCGCGCGCCUCAAAAAGUUCGUUGAGGGCGCCCCCCACUUUUUAGUCGUGUUCACGAAUUCUCUGUCCGCGUCGCUUCUCCUCUGUUCUCUGGUCGAACUAUGGCCUCGUUCAGAUAACCACAAAAACACUUGGUGCCAGUCUCCGCGAUGUCUGCCCGACUUCGGAUCGACAAAAAAGUGAUUGCCGGCGUGCCGUUCACGCUUUAUCAACCGUCUCGGACAUAACCUAAUCGGCCACCGUUGGAAGAGCGCCAAGUUCGAAGGGGCCCCUUUGAGAGAUGCGGCUAGAGCGAGGACAUCAUGGUGUUGAGCACGGAAUGGUCGCAAGUUGAGAUUAUCGACUUGGUGAACGAUGGCUCGGGGCUGGGGUUCGGCAUCGUCGGCGGCAGAAGCACGGGGGUCGUCAUAAAGAGCAUCCUCCCAGGGGGCAUCGCCGACAAAGACAGCCGUCUCCAGAGCGGCGACCACAUCCUCCAGAUCGGAGACGUCAAUUUAAGGGGGCUCGCCGCCGACCAAGUUGCCACCGUUCUUAGGCAGGCUGGGGCACAGGUCAGGAUGGUGGUCGCACGUCCUGUUGAGCCUUCUUCCGCGGAUUUCCAGUCCUUCGGCUGUUCGGCUCCCAUAGUUCCGACAAAAAUCCUCACCGAUCCGGAAGAGCUCGACCGCCAGCUCCAACAAAACGGCUACUCCUCUUUCUACGCUUACAACGACCGCGGUUCUUGCGACGACCUCGAACAAACCGACGUAAAUUCCAUCGAUGCUAACCCCGCAAGUUUCAAUUCUUUAGACGUGGUUGUCAACAACAAUAAUAACACGAAUGGCUUCUCGCCCACCAGCGAGAGUCAAGUGGUGAUCAUCCCCGCCGACAUUGAAUACACUCUUCCAGAAACGGAGCGCUUCACCGUAGAACUGACAAAAAACGAAUACGGGCUGGGGAUUACGAUAGCAGGGUACGUGUGCGAGAGGGAGGAUCUCAGUGGAAUCUUCGUCAAGAGUUUGAACGAAGGCAGCGAAGCCUUUAAGUGCGGAAAGAUUAAUACUAACGAUAGGAUUGUGGAAGUUGAUGGACAGUCUUUGCAAGGGUUUACGAAUUACGAGGCUGUGGAGAAGAUUAAGCAAACGGGAGGGAAAGUUGUGUUGACUUUGGAGAGGUACUUGAGAGGGCCCAAGUUCGAGCAAUUACAAGAAGCGUUAGCUAUUCAGGAACAAAAGGAUUUGAGUCCACCUUCGCCUUCGCAAACGACUCUCAGUUGGAUACCUAUUGAAGCAGCCGAGGGCCAGAUCGAGCCGGAAGGUGAGUCCGUCGUGAGCGUCAAUAGCGAAAUCUACGAGCAAAACCUCGAAACUAAAGAAAUCUUUAUCGAAGAAGACUUCGAGGCGAACCCCGAUGACGAUCUAGAAACCGCCACCAAGAAAAAAUGGGAGGCUAUAAUCGGCAGCGACACUGAAAUCGUCGUCGCCAACCUGACAAAACUCAAAGGCUUGGGCAUAAGCCUGGAGGGAACAGUCGACGUGGAAGGAGGCAUCGAAUUACGUCCCCAUCACUACAUCCGUUCCAUACUCCCCGAAGGCCCCGUCGGCCAAAACGGCAAACUCAGCUCAGGUGACGAACUCCUGGAAGUAAACGGCCAAAAACUCCUCGGGAUCAAGCACGUGGAAGUCGUCAAGAUCCUCCGCGAGUUGCCGAGCACCGUCCGCCUGGUCUGUGCUCGCAAGCACGAGGAGAACCGCGUCAUCAACACCUCCCAAGACCGCGAAGCUUUCGAAGCGCGGAACAUCCUGGGGGGCAGUUUGAAAAACCUCUUACCCCAACCGGAACAACGCCUGCUCAAAGCUCUAAGCGACACGAGUAUCAACACUUCGAGCACCGUGACCGUGACCAGCGAGCCCAGCUUGCAAAAAGCCAAAUCGCGCUCGCUGGAAGUGACGAACUUGGCGAUGUGGUCGGAGGAGGUCGAGUAUGUCGAGUUGCUCAAAACCGAUCGGGGUUUGGGCUUCUCGAUCCUGGACUACCAGGACCCUCUGGACCCCAAAGCGACCGUCAUAGUCGUGCGGAGUCUCGUGCCUAACGGGGCGGCGGAGCACGACGGCCGCAUCACUCCAGGUGAUCGACUGAUCAGUGUUAAUGGCAAAGUAAUCAAAAAUGUGACCCUGGACCAGGCGGUCCAGGCGCUGAAAGGGACACUGCCCGGUCCUGUCAAGUUAGGUAUCUCCAAACCGUUACCCAGUUCCAGAGCCAGCGAAAACGUCAGUACGAUAGGGUCUUGAAGCGACAAUUUUUCGACAAUUGUAAAUAACAAUAUUUUAGUACUUGGAUUUUGGAUAAGCACAAUCACUGCUGCCUUUUCGAAUAUUUUUCCGUAGUUAAGGUGAUUAGAUGACGAAUUUAUAAGCUGUAAGGCUUCAAGGGCACAAAUUCGUAUGUAUUUUAUACGCAUAUCAGCUGAUGAGGUUUUAAAGUGUCCAGACACUUCACUUUUUUAACGCUCUAGUCGCUAGGUAUAUCAGGAAUUAAUGAAGGUAGGCGAUAGACGGGGGAAGUCCCCGCUUGUAUAGUCCGGAGUCCGGUCACUAGUGCUUCGAUCAGUUUUCUUCUACAAGCAGGUUCUUCCAUAAAUCAAUACGUAACAAUGGAAUUUAUGCACAAUACUGAUCUAAAUAAGGAAUUGAAUACACUUGAUGUUUUACUUACACUGUGUAAAUAAUUGUGUGGUGUUAUGUGUUACAAGUCUGAAUCUUGAUAUUCGUGCCAUGUUUUGUUGUGAUUUUGUUUUUGUUAAGACUGAUUUUAAACAACUCAAUCUGGAGGUCAAUAUUUAAGCAAUAUGGCGGUUAUUAUGUGAUAAGUUCAUUGGCCUAAGUUUUUAAUUUUGGUGUGUGAUGUGUACAUAAAAAAUCGAUCGUAUUGUAAAAAUAGGAUAAAUAAUAAAAUACUUGAUUCGAGUUAAAACUCGAGACGGAAUAUUUAUCGAUUCUUGCCAGAGUUGAUGAAGAGUUCCUCCUCAAAUUGUUAAAUAGAGUCACUGGGGGGUGGUUUUGAUUUGUUGCAUGAUUAAAUUAGGUCCCACCGGAAAUUACUAUUCUUAGACACUGUUCAAGCUUCAUUAUUUACAAAAAACUAUCCUCUAAUCAUAAUUACAAUAAAUUAUGUAAGUGACGUUACAUGAAUAAAUUAUAUUUAUUA